CCUCUCUGUGAGGGCGGAGGUGGGGAUCUAAGAAGAUUGGCAUCCCGACGCUCCCCUCCUCCCAGCGGCUCUCCUCUCCAACCCAGUCCUAGAAGGAGACACAGGCCGGUGGCCACCUGCCAAGUCAGGCUUGGGCGGCAAGGGAGGAGGGGCAGGGGCCCCGGGAGGUGGCCUUUGCGAUACCGGGGCCACUCCUGCCGACUCUGGCCGUGCGGGCGCGAGCUGGCUGUACAAAAGGCCCCAGCGGGUCAGGGCGGGCCUGCGGCGGGAGGUGGGCUCUAGAUCCCCCCCCCCCACCUGUUGCGGGGCGCUGCGGGCUGCAGAGAUGGGCCGCUACUCCGGCAAGACGUGCCGGCUGCUGUUCAUGCUGGUGCUCACCGUGGCCUUCUUCGUGGCCGAGCUGGUGUCGGGGUACCUGGGCAACUCCAUCGCGCUGCUCUCGGACUCGUUCAACAUGCUGUCUGACCUGAUCUCCCUGUGCGUGGGCCUGGGCUCCGGCUACAUCGCGCGGCGUGGUACCCGCGGCUCCGGCGCCACCUACGGCUAUGCUCGGGCCGAGGUGGUGGGCGCGCUCAGCAACGCCGUCUUCCUCACCGCGCUCUGCUUCACCAUCUUCGUGGAGGCCGUGCUGCGCCUCGCGAGGCCCGAGCGCAUCGACGAUCCCGAGCUGGUGCUCAUCGUGGGCACCCUGGGGCUGGCCGUCAACGUGGUGGGGCUGCUCAUCUUCCAGGACUGCGGAGCCUGCUUUGCGGGCUGCACGCGGCGGCGGCGCCGGACCCGCCCGCCGCAACCGCCGCCCCAGGGGGACCCUUGCGGCGCUCUGGGGAGUCCCCAAGGGGCUGCGGCAGCCACAGCCCCGGGCUCAGAUGCAGUAGUGACUCUCCGGGGGGCCUCGGCCGGAAGAAAGCUGCAGGAGGGCGCGACGGUGUUCUCGAAUGUAGCAGGUGAUUCCCUGAACACCCAGAAUGAACCAGAGGAGACAACGAAAAAAGAGAAAAAGUCGGAAGCACUGAACAUCAGAGGCGUUCUCUUGCAUGUGAUGGGAGAUGCCUUGGGGUCCGUGGUCGUGGUCAUCACGGCCAUCAUAUUCUAUGUCCAUCCCCUGGGACGUGAAGACCCGUGUAACUGGCAAUGCUACAUUGACCCCAGUUUGACUGUUAUCAUGGUCAUCAUCAUUUUGUCAUCCGCUUUUCCACUGAUCAAGGAGACUGCUGUCAUCCUGUUGCAGAUGGUCCCCAAGGGCGUUAACAUGGAAGAGCUGAUGAGCAAGCUCUCUAGCAUGCCUGGAAUUAGCAGUGUGCACGAAGUGCACAUCUGGGAACUGAUAAGUGGGAAGAUCAUCGCUACCCUGCACGUCAAGUAUCAGAAGGGCACGGAGUACCAGGAUGCCAGCAGAAAAAUCCGAGAGAUAUUUCACCAUGCUGGAAUCCACAGUGUGACCAUCCAGUUUGAAAUGGUGGACUUGAAGGAGGCCCUGGAGCAGAAGGACUUCUUGCUGACCUGCAGUGCCCCCUGCAUUUCCCAGGGCUGUGCUAAGAAACUGUGCUGUCCCCCAGGGGUGCUGCCCCUGGCUCUAGUCAAUGGCUGUGCAGAGCACAAUGGUGGACCCCAUCUAGACGUUCAGGAAGUGGCCGUUGAUAUGGCUUUGGAUGGCUGUCCGAGGGAACAGGGACAGACUCUUAGCAAGACUCAAGAGGAAAAUCAUUAUGAAAACAGUACUCAUUUUUAGUGGGUUUCCACACAAACCAGAUUGUCUGGACAGGCACUUUGGGUCACCAGCUCUGCUUGUGGAGAGAGCUUUGUUGGUGUGUACCGUCAGUAGGGGUCAGAUGUUUGGGAUGUUAGUGGAACAAGCCUGCUGAUUUUCAUGUGGUCACCCUUUUCCAUUACCCUGGGCGUCUCAUGCUUCCCUGCGACAAUUUUAGUGUGAACGUGGGUUUCCUAAAGCAGACUUCACUAGCGUGUGUAUCAGGGAUGUUGAAGGCUGGGACUCAGUAACUUGGCACAGGACUCAAAGUCAGUCUUGUCUUGUGGUGCUGGGGAAUUGAACACAGGGCUCAUGUGUGCUAAGGAACUGCUCUGUUACAGAGAUGCACCAUGGCCCUUAUUUUUAAAGUGUUUAGAAUUUCUAGGUGACUUUCAAAUGAGCUCAAAGCUUAAAUGGGUAGGAAAAAAAAUUGAAGCACAUGAACUAUGUUUUCCUCUCUUCCCCUCAAAGAUCAUAAAAGAUGGAAGUCGGCUAUCUGUGGCACUUCAGAAAUAUAUAUUGUUAGGUCCAUUCUUGGACCAUGAGAAACAGACACCUUAAUAAAAAAUGCAAAAUGCUUAGUUGUUAAGGUGGACAAACAGAAAGCCUCUUAAGGCAGAAAAUGCUCUCAACACAUUAGAGGAGGCAGACUUUACUCGGGUAGAGGGGAAAGUGGGUUCUGGACCAUCUCUUCAUCCUGUGAGGUGGCUACCGUUUACUUUCUGCUGGGAGCUGAGUUGAGCUGUGGUGUGUUGCUGAUGUUUAAUCAUGUAACACAUUCAUUACACUGAGAAGUGUGGGGACAGACUUCUACCUUCUUAUUUACUUAUUUACCUUUCUGAGAGUCUCCAGGUAGUAUUGUUGGCACUUAUUGUUCUGAUAAUGAUUUUCUUGUCCAGAUUUCCCCAGUCUUCUCUUUACGAUCACAUUGAUCCAUGUAGUACUGACCAGGGGGAGAUGAAUAUUCCAGGGACAAGAAAAUAUUCAUUCCUGCUUAAUGAAUAAGCUAGCUUGCCUUUGCUUUAAUUACGUAUAUUUUAAAGUAUUUAUUAUAGUUGCCAACUAGUAACUGUAUGGAUAAGUUGUAUCCAAUCGAGAAAUGAAAAGUAAUUUGAUUGCUGCUUUUAAUGUGUUUGAUGGCACUUAGAGUUUUAUGUCUGUGACCCAUGUUACCAAGUUCAAAUAAACUGAUUAUGAUCUGAUUCAGACACAUAACUGUA